AUGGCUAUUACACAAAACAAACGUUUCUUACUAGUGAUUCUUUUUCUCCUAUGCUUCAUCUCUAUCCAAGCUAGAGCAAGAAUAUUGAAAGAAAAAAGCAAUGAUGUAGUGAGUGUUUCUCAUGAUAAAGAAGCACAAGAUCAUGAGUUUAAGGCUAAAGAAGAAGAUCAUAAUAAUGGAGAUGAAGUUUUUGCAAUGGAUUAUACUCCAGCUAGAAGAAAGCCACCGAUUCAUAAUUGA